GGUUCCACAAUAAUGAUCCAAGUCGUUGACACCAUUCCGCUCGAUGAUCUCAAAAUAUUGUUAGCUAUUCUCGAGGGCUUGUACGUGUGCAGAAAGCAGGAAACAAUCUUCACUCUAUUACCACAACAAUUUGGCCGAUCGCAGAUACAUUGUGGAAAUGGCUUGGGAUUCUAAAACACUUCCCUCUUCACAAAAUAGCAAUCCUAGGCUCAAACACCCUCAACCUCAAUCUCGAAAUGGCGACUCUACAUCAGAACCAAAUCUGCCAUCGAAAUCUACGCAUGUUUCAGAUCCUGUUCUCCAACCGUUCUUAAGUCCAGCUUUUGAUCCUGCAGAUUACCUCAAUUCAGCCUUGCCUUCUUUACAGUCUUCGAAUACGUCGUCGUCUUCAAGAAAUGUCGUCCCGCUAGCUGAAUUGUCUACACAGACACAGACUCUUCUUUCACACCUUAGCGCACACACCACUAGGCUUACGACUACUCUUACACAACUCACCGAUGAAAUACUGCGAAGUGGAAGUCGAUUGGCCUAUGAGGUGGAAGUGCUACGAGGAGAGACAUUGGGGUUAUCAGAAGCGUUGACCGAAGGACUGCACGAUGAUAUUACAAAGUUUGUUCCUGGAGGACUUGAGAAAGAUUUGUCAAGAAGACCAAUAAAGUCUGGAGACUCUAGGGCGCGAUCUGCCACAGCUACCAUGCCGAAAACACCUACCUCAGAAGACACAAGUAGCACCAAAAUUGUCGAUCCUCCUUAUGUGGCACAAUUGCGAACGCUUACACUUGUACGGUCACGAUUGGAUACUGUUAUAAAGACGUUUGGAGAUGCAAUGGCAUGGACAUUUCCACCAUCAGAAGUGUCGGUCACUUCAUCCUUUCUUUCUGUUUCCGCUCCCGAACCAGGGUCAGAAGCACAUAGCACUGAAGAGAAAGGACAAGAAGUUUCCAAGAAACUACGUGAUGAAAUUGCUGAUUUGUUAAUUGGGGAUGAUCCAAUCAAUGGAAUUGAGGCGGCAGCCAAAAGAGUACAAGAAUUGAAGGACUUGGCACUCGUGUGGAAAGGCACCGCUGAAGAACGGGCAAGGAGUAAAUUUGUUGAAAGUCUUGCAAAGUUGGUUGAAGACAGACAUCGAGAUCUAUUAAAGGAUGCUGAACAAAACGGCCAAUUAAGUCAAAGAGUAGAGGCUUUGCAAGACCAAGAAAUUUCGAUUUCUGGUAUUGGCGAGAAUAGGAUACAAAGUGGAUAUGGGUUUAUCAAUCAACUGCAACGACUCAGAGGCUCUUGAUAGAGUGCUCCUCAUUAUUAUACCCAAAAACUUGCUUGUUCUCCUUUCUUGUCAGCCAUAUUCUUAUAUUCAUUAAUCAUUCCAAACCUCCAAAUAAGCUGAGUGAACCCCAUAUUGAUCCGAAGCCAGGUUUUAGAUUAAAGGCCUCAAUGAUCAUUUUUGCUAUAGAUUCAAUAUAUCAUAUCAAGACACCAAAUUAAGAAGAAUUCAUACCACAAGGAAAGCCUUCGAUAAUACAUUUGGGUGCAGUUAGUUGCUUUUUCCGAAGAAGCAUUUGCCUCACCCCUUACUUGAUACCAUUCCAAUCAAACGACUUACAUUUACAAUCUUCACAACUCAAUAUUUCAAUCCA